AUGCUUGCCUCACUAUUACGACCGAGGAAAUCGCGCCAGCCUGUUCUUCGUUCUGUUUCCCCUCACGAGACAACCCCGUUCUUCAGGGGCUUUCUGCGCGAAGAUGGAAGCCUCGCACCUACUGAGCCCGACGACUACUUGGAUGAACGUGAUCCUGGGCGGCCAUUGAAUGGAGGCGAAGAAACCGAGCCGCAUGAUGACGACAGUGACGAAGGGCAUCUCCUGCCCAUAUUCUCAUCGCCGCACUUGGAUCUCAUCCCCGUCUACACUAUUACGCACUCCAUACGAUCCCUUGUUAUGUCACGAUGCGAAACGAGUUUAACAUGGGAGCAGUUGCGGUCUCCACAGAUAUCUCAAUUCCUUCUCAAACCUAUCCAGCAGCAGAUCCGGAAUGCCCAUUUCAAUCGAUCCACGUUAUAUGCAUUGAUGGCCAAUUGUCUUCAAUUCAACAAAGAGGCUGAUUACAAUCCCGGAAACAGUGGCACCUCCCGGACGCGAGCGCUUGUUAGUGAGCUUUUGGCGAUCAAAAUCCUCAAAGACUACACGACAAGAGAAUUGAUCGAUGCGCUAUCCUACGACUUUUAUCCACUCCAGGGACAGACUCCUAUUUCCGCCGCCAGUCUCCGCGCCUCAACCUGGAAUCAGAACUCUUCCAAGAGCAGGAAUGCCACUGGAGCAACCCGGAUAUCAUGUCUGGAAAUUGCCAUCCGAGCCCAGGCCAAGCACUUCAUCGCGCAUCCUCUAGUCGUCCAGCACCUAGAGGCAAUAUGGGCUGGUACCAUUGUCUUUCACUCGGCUGCCGACAACCUACAUCGUCCGAACGCCACAGCAGGCCGUGGUCGAUCGCGCUAUGGGGCUACAAACGGUACGGGGGAACACCAAUACGGCAAAAGCAGGCAAAGUCCUCAGCUAGAGGAAAAUCCACGCAGAACUGUAACGCUCUACGACCCAAGGGAUGCUUCUCUUUUCAAAUUGUCUCGACUACGGGUGCCUCGUUAUCGACAUUUUCUUUCAACUUUGUCAUUCGCGGUUCUGUUAUGUCUCUACCUCGCUGUUCUUAUUGAAAGAUCAUUACAUAUCACGACAGUCGAGGUUGUUUUCUGGUUAUGGAGCGCUGGGUUCAUGCUAGAUGAGAUUGUCGGCUUUAACGAACAGGGCUUCAGCCUUUAUCUUAUGAGUUUCUGGAAUCUAUUCGACCUGGGAAUCCUGCUCUUGCUUUUCUGCUACUCAAUACUUCGCUUAUAUGUUAUGGCUAUGCCUGACGUUCGGCAAUUGGCCGCCGCGAAUCAAGCAUACGAUAUAUUGUCUGCCGGAGCUGUUUUACUUUUCCCACGUCUUUUCUCGGUUCUCGACCAUUACAAGUACUUUUCGCAACUACUCAUCGCAUUCCGGAUUAUGGCGGCCGACCUCAUGGCUGUGUUCCUGUUGAUUGUGGUUGCGUGUAGUGGCUUUUUGGUCGCAUUCUCUUUCUCGUCCGUGUCGUCCCAAUCGCCACAGGAAGUCAUCUACGCUCUGUUUCAGAUAUUGAUGGGGUUCACUCCCACAGCCUGGAGUCUUUGGGAGGAAUACAAUUCGUUAGGACGAAUCAUUCUGACGGUCUUCCUCUUCAUUUGUCACUUCGUGGUUGUUACGAUCCUAAUCACCGUCCUGACUAAUUCAUUCAUGUCCAUUGUGAAGAAUGCACACGAAGAGCACCAGUUUCUGUUUGCAAUCAAUACCAUUUCCAUGGUCAAAUCGGACGCGCUGUUUUCCUAUGUGGCUCCCUCUAAUAUUCUUGGCUGGAUACUGACUCCAUUACGCUACUGCAUUCCUCUUCGCGAUUUUGUCAAGCUUAAUCGUACUCUGAUCAAGAUCACACAUUUUCCGAUUUUAUGGUCGAUCUGCUUCUAUGAGAAGAUGAUUUUGAGUUCAAGUAUGAUCGAUCCCACCGACCUAAUUGAAGGAAACAUUCACCUGGGCGGCCGGUCGACAGCAGUAUUGCGGGCAAGGGACGAAAGACAGAGUCGGUUUGAUACAUUUCACCGUCUCACACGGGAACCUUCUAUUGCCACAUAUCAACAGGACCGUGUACUAGAAGAGCUUUUUCGACGGCCGUUUCGUCAGCAAUCUAUGCAAGAUGUGACGGAGAGUCCAGAUGGACGCCGCAAAUCGACAAUGGUGGCGAAUUGGAUGCAGAACAUGGAAACAAUCGAGGAGAUGACACCGAGACGACCCAGUGCACUGCAAAGAGCGGUUUCACCAUCACACCGCAAUUAUACAGAAACUACUCAAUCCUUCGUAGCAUCUGACCCGGAGGAGUUUAUGAACCACAGGAGCCUCCAUCCGGUUCCUGAACACUCUACUGUGAACAACACUGGGGCACGUCUAGGACGACAUGCCUCUCAUGCGACGGAUGUAGAGGGUGAUGACGAGAAAUCAAGCGACGAAAAUCACGAUGACGAAUCAGACGACGGUCAAGAGGAUACGAUUUCUGAGUCACGGUAUGCUAGCCAAACGCCUCGGCCCAGUAGCAAGUCCACCCCAAGAUUCUUCAGCUCCCGGCCUUCCACAGCAGUGUUCAAUUCUCGCAAAAACAGUCCCACUCGACACCGUCCAGCAUCGAGCCAUCUACAAGCUCGCAAUGCCUCUAGUGUCACUGUCCUGCACAAACAUCCCGGUGAUGCUGACGACAGUACUGACGAUGCCAUGCCUGGACCGUCUUCUGCGUCGCCGUUGAAGCUCGAAACGGAGCGGCCUACACUUCCUCAACGGACAAGUUAUAUGUCAGUCCCGAACUUUAAUCGUAUUGGGUCUGACGUGGGCGACAUUGGCGCUUUGCCAUCGAGCCUGGCCACUCAGAUCGCCACCGAUAACGAUGUUCUUGGGCGACUGGUUCUGUCACGUAUGCAGAGUAUAGAGGCCGGGUUCCGGGAGGUGUUGAAGGAGGUGAAGGAUCUACGUGGGAAAUCAGCUCGCGAGUCUAGGUAUUCGAGUCGUAAACUUAGUAGUGAUGGGAUUUAA